AGAAUUGAAAACCUUCCAACGGAAACAGAAACCAAAGAAAAAAAAAAGAAAAAAAAAAGAAAAAUAUUUUCAAAGCAAAUUGUUUGGAUAGAGAGAGAAAGCUGAAAAAGCCUGAAAGAAGAAGAAGAAAGAAGGAUGAUAUUAUGGAUGAAACAAUUAAGAGUUGCAUUUGGGGCUUCUUUUAUUUGGCUUAUUUGCUUGAUUUACUUCACCCAGGGUUUCAGGUCCUUUGUAUGGACAGCAGUUUCUUACCAGCUAAAAGAUAGGCUUAAGUUGUCACCCUCAGCUUCCCAAUUUGUGUUUUCAAUAGCAUUCUUUCCGUGGAGCAUUAAACCGCUAUACGGAAUUGUAUCGGAUUGUAUUCCAAUCAAAGGAAGAAAAAGGAUCCCUUACUUACUGAUUGCGACUGUGCUCUCUCUUGUACCAUGGCUCAUGCUAGGCCUAAAUGCAAACAUGAGGAGUUCCAGUUGGCACCUCAUGACCCUCUUAACAGUGCAAAACUUGGGCUCAGCCACAGCAGAUGUAGUUAUUGAUGCAAUGAUUGCUGAAGCAGUAAGAUUUGAGCGGGCCUCAUUUGCCGGAGACCUCCAGUCAGUAUCUUGGUUGGCAAUGGCUUUGGGUGGCAUAUUUGGAAGUUUGUCAGGAGGAUAUGCAUUAACCAACUUAGAUAUAGAGACAAUAUUUCUUCUUUUUUCUGUACUACCAUCCAUACAGUUGUUAUCUUGUUUCCUGGUUGAGGAGAAUUCUGUAGCUAGUAAAGUUUUGCCUGAGUUUUCUGAUUCAGAAAGUUCCCAUGGUCUGAAUGGAAAAAAUAGUACUGAUAAUACGAAUGGUAUUCUAGAUAAAGAUAGUUUCUUUGAGAAAAAAUCCAAACAUAGUACUUCAAGGAGAAAGAAGAGCCAAAAGAACAGUAAGAAGAAACUAGUUGUUCCUACUAAACACCAGAGUCCUGAAAAAGUUGACUCAGUGACAUAUUCUUGGUGGUUCCACUCUCUGAAAGCAGCCACUUAUAAUUUGUGCCGCACUUUUAGGCAACCACUCAUUUUCAGACCAAUGGCUUGGUUUUUUUUAGCACAUAUUACAGUUCCAAACCUCUCAACAUCCAUGUUCUAUUAUCAGACUGAGUACUUGAAAUUGGAAGCAUCUUUCUUGGGGACUGCACGUGUUGUUGGAUGGUUAGGCCUCAUGUUUGGAACAUUUACUUAUAAUAAGUACUUAAAGACGAUGAAGUUGCGCAAAAUCCUCUUGUGGGCUCAUAUGGGUUUGUCUCUAUUGAGUCUUCUAGAUGUUGUUCUAGUGUCUCGAAUGAAUGUUCCCCUUGGUAUAUCAGAUAAGACAAUGGUGCUGUUUGGAUCAGCUCUUAGUGAUGCAAUCAAUCAGUUCAAGUUUAUGCCAUUCCUGAUUUUAUCUGGACAACUAUGCCCACCUGGAAUUGAAGGGACAUUAUUUGCCCUUUUUAUGUCAAUAAACAACUUAGGAUCCACAAUAGGAUCAUUUGUGGGUGCCAGUUUGGCUUCAGUUUUGAGCAUAUCGUCGGGUUCCUUCGAUAACUUGCUUAUGGGCAUUAUCAUUCAAGUCUUGUGCACUUUUAUUCCAGUAGCUUUUCUGUUUUUGAUUCCUAAGGAAGCUACUGGGAUAUCAGCAUAGGUAGUGAUUGGUUUUUCAACCAGAAAGAAUUGGCUAGUAACUGACGAAGAAAAAGUUAUAGUUUACUUUUUAAGAUUUUUUUUUUUUUUUAUAUACUUUUUUAUUGCAGGUGACACUAAAGAGUCUCGAGUUAGAACUACUUUGAAAGUAUACAAAUUUUAUUCAGAAUUUAGCUUGACAAAGUACUGAUUUGUGUAAUUUUGUGGAAAAUUAAUUGUUUUGUAAUGUAAUUUGAAUACGGAAAUUGUUGUUGCUGUAAUAGUUCAUGGCUGUUGAAGUAUUGAUAAGAAAAUGGCGGUUUGGUGACUGUUGAAA